AUGGAAAUUUUAGAACUGAGUUAUAAGCACUUGCCUGGAAUUCUCAAAGCAUGUUUUAUCUAUUUGGGAGUUUUUCUUGAGGACAAAGAUAUUCCAGUGAGGAAGUUGAUUCGUUUUUGGAUGGCUGAAGGGUUCAUAGAGGAAACCGAAAGGAAGAGCUUGGAGGAGGUUGCAGAGGAUCAAUUGAUGGAGCUGGUUGGCCGAAGCCUAGUGAGCAUCCACAAAACAAGGUCCAAUGGAAAGGUAAGAACUAGCCGUCUUCAUGAUCUGUUGCUUGAUCUUUGUCACUUGAAAGCGAAGGAAGAGAACUUCCAGCAACUGGUGAACAAGCAUGAUGAGCCAUAUGCGUCUUUCCCUGAUUCAGAGUAUGAUCUGGAGUUUGGUAGUAACAAUUUUUUAGCUCCUGUAAUAUUCAAUAGCUACAGGUUGAGCUUUAAUGUGAAACGACCACAUUUUGUUGAUUCCCGGCCUUCUGGCCCGGUUGCUCGGUCCUUGACAUUCUGUGCUUCAUCAGAUUCAGAGCCUAAAUGUCCUUAUGACAUCUCCUUUAUCGGCAACAACUUCAAGUUACUUCGGCUUCUGGAUUUGGAAUCUAUCAUGGCAAAUAGCUUCCCUGAUGAAAUAGGGCUAAUGGUCCAGUUGAGAUAUUUAGCUCUCAGUAGAUAUAUGCAAUCUAUUCCACCAUCAGUAUCUAAGUUGUGGAAACUUGAGACAUUGGUGGCGAAAGGAUCGCGAGGCAAGGUCAUCUUACCGGAAACUAUUUGGAGUAUGGUUAGGUUGAGGCAUCUUCACGUGAACAAUCAUGCCGUGUUCAACUUGCAAGGUCUUGCAGGAAGUUCUUUUCAUUUGGAAAAUUUGGUCAGCUUUUCCACCCCAUCGCUGUCCUGCAGAUUAUUUGCUUUGGUGGAACUCCAAAACCUGAGGAUUUUCUCCUCCCUCAAAAGUCUCAAGAAACUGAGUUUGUCAAACUUCAGGCUACAAGCGAACCAUCUUACUGUGAUUGGGAAGCUGCCAAAUCCGAGAGUUGUGAAACUGCGAGCUGGCACCUUGGAGGGGCAGAAAUGGGACACGAGGGAAGAGGAAUUCAAGGAACUCAAGUUCUUGGAAUUAGACACCAUGAGCCUUGUUGAAUGGGAUGCCUCCUAUGAUCACCUUCCCAGCCCAGAACAACUAGUGUUACGCAAUUGCAAGGGUUUGGAGAGAAUUCCAUCCGAAUUCGCUGGUAUUGCUACCCUGCAAAAGGUUGAAGUGCAUUGGUGCGGGCAGUCUGUUGAAGAGCCGGCAAAAGAAAUCAAUGAGGAAACACCGGAGAUAAAAGUCAUUAUCAGUAGCUUAUGA